CAUUUUAGGGUGCCACAUGCCACCCCUGCCAAGAAACCUGCAGGACACCUGCGAUAGGGGGGGAUCUGCAACCAUCAGUAGCUGGUAGACAUUUCACGUCUCAUCCGAGAAGCUUCUUCAAUUCUAAGAAUAAGAUGGACCUUCCCGUUACCUCUUGGAUUCUGCUGAUCAGCCUGCUGGUCUUCUGCAUCUCUGCAGUCAAAGCAGCAAAAUGCCCACAGGAGUGUUUCUGUGUCCAGCUCAAUGUGACCUGUGUCAACAAGAACCUGACCCAGGUUCCUGCUACUGUUGAUGAGAGAACAGUCAAACUGGACCUUCGAGGUAAUGACUUACAGGAACUUCCCACUGGGGCUUUCAUGCACACCCCCUACCUGACUCACCUGUUGCUGCAGCGCUGUAACAUCCACAAGGUGAAGGAGGGGGCGUUCCGUGGCCUCGAUCGCCUGGUCCUCCUCGACCUUGCCAACAACAACAUUGAGAUCCUCUACCAGGAGUCAUUUGAUGGUUUGUUCUUGCUAAAGUGGCUUAUUAUUGACGAUAAUCAUGUGAAAGAGAUCCAGCCUGGAGCGUUCUCUCAGCUGGGCUCCCUCAACCUGCUCUCCCUCUCACACAAUCAGCUGGUUUACAUCCCUAAUAUGGCAUUCCAGGGCCUGCAGAAUAUCAAGAGGAUUCGUCUUAGUUACAACUUACUAAUCUACCUGGACACUGAAGCCUUUGUCGAACUGGUUAACCUAACCCGUCUGAACCUGUCCAGGAAUCCAAUCCUCUGCAUCUGUUACCUGCGUCCACUAAGAGAGUGGGCUAUCCAUAACAAAGUGAAGCUGAUGGGGACUUGUGGAGGGCCAUCCCAUCUUUCAGGUGAGAGACUGAACGCUGUCCACCCUUCUGACCUGAGAUGCCAGAGUGAGGAAGAGGAAGCAGCAGGGAUCACACCACGACCCACUGAAGAACCAAACAAGGUCAAGUGUCCUGCCAACUGUGCCUGUGAGAUCCCACCAGUGUGGCAGAUGCUUAUUAUUGACCAUAAUCGUGUGGAAGAGAUCCAGCCUGGAGCGUUCUCUCAGCUGGGCUUCCUCAACCUGCUCUCCCUCUCACACAAUCAGCUGGUUCACAUCCCUAAUAUGGCAUUCCAGGGCCUGCAGAAUAUCGAGAAGCUUUGUCUUAGUUACAACUUUCUAAACUACCUGGACACUGAAGCCUUUGUCGAACUGGUUAACCUAAAACGUCUGAACCUGUCCAGGAAUCCAAUCCUCUGCAUCUGUUGCCUGCGUCCACUAAGAGAGUGGGCUUUCUAUAACAAAGUGAAGCUGGUGGGGACUUGUGGAGGGCCAUCCCAUCUUUCGGGUGAGAGCCUGGACGCUGUCCACCCUCCUGAGCUGAGAUGCCAGAAUGAGGAAGAGGAAGCAGCCAGGAUCACACCAUGACCCACUGAAGAACCGAACAAGGUCAAGUGUCCUGCCAACUGUGUCCGUGAGGUGGAUGGAGAAAGUUAACCUGAAGGUGCGAGCCACCUGUGCCAAAUGAAGGGUAUUUCCUUCUGUAUAGUAUUGUUUAUUUUAUUUUUAAGUAAUAUUUUGAGUUGUAUUGUAUGCAGCGUUUUACUUUUCAAACCAUUUAUUUGUGCAAAUGAGUUUGUAAAUUAGAUAAAUAAUGUUAUUCCUGUUUCUUUGUUUAGAUUGUAUCGUUUGGUCUAACCUAUUUCUUAAUGGUAGAGACUAAUGAGGUGCAUGUGUGUGUAAAAUUCUGUACAAAACAAGUAAGAUUUUGACAACCGGGGUUGUUUUAAAAUGGUACCAGAUGGUGCUAGAAAAUAAAGUACACUUGUAAGAAAUUUGACCA